GUUCUCGUUGGUUUGGCUUUUAUGUGGCUGUGGUUUAUAAGAAAGAAGAGAGAGUGUUUAAAGUGGUUUUUGGAACGCCAGUUGAAGAGUCCUAAGAACUCAAGUUUCGCUGGUUUCUAUAAGCAACCACUUGUCGAGAACACUCAACAGAGCCUUCACGUUCGAGUGGUUGAUUCACUUCUAAGUUUAUGCUCUUAUCUUUACUUGUUUGGUUUGAAAGUUCAUAGAGGCUGGUAUCAAUCUGGAUUAGUCAAGUCUAGUCAGUUGUACGUGAAAGAACCAAACGGAAGUAAACGACAAAUAUUCACUUUUGCAGUUGGGAACUAUACGUGGGGUGGCACAGGAAAGACUCCUUUUGUGAUGUUUCUUUCUAAACUUUUGGUCUCUAGAGGUUAUCAACCUGUGAUACUUUCACGUGGUUAUGGUCACAAGGAUGAAGCGAAAAUGAUGAUACGACAAGGACUUGCUAUUGAAGUCCUAACGGGUUCAAAUAGAGAAGAAGCUUUUCAAAAAGUAUUUUCAUCGGUCGUAUCUUCCUCAACGAUGGUAGUUAUAUUAGACGAUGGACUGCAGCAUUGGAGGUUGAAGAGACAAGUCAAUGUUUUGAUGGUCAAUGCAGCUCUUGCAUUCGGUGUGAAUGGGUACUUUAUUCCUCGAGGAUCUUUGCGUGAGCCACCAUGUGAAGCAGCUAGUCGCUCCACAUGUAUUGUGUUGCAUCACUGUAAUCAGGUUUCCGAUUUCCAGUUGCAACAAUUGAAAGCUUGGUUCCAAAUGCAGUGUCCUGAAAAGCCCAUUUUGACCAGCUUCAUGGUAGUUCGGUCACUUUAUUUGAUAACUCCACUGAGAAAAUUGGAUGUUUGUUCUUUAGAUAUCAUUGCAAACCAGAAUGCUGUCGUAUGUUGUGGAAUAGAAUAUCCGAGUGGAUUUCUUCGAACUGUAAUGGAUUAUUGUCAUCCUAAACAAUGCUUAAAUGGAAUUCCUACUAUGCUUCUUGGAACUUACUCAUUACCGAAAAAGACUAUUAUCGCAAUGAAGAUGUAUUUCAUCAACUUGUCCAAUACAGAGACGUGACAAAGCAUGUGCAAGUAUACGUUGUACAAGCAGAAUUACAAGUCCACUCAGGGAU